AUGGACCCCGAUAGCCCUCGCCUACCGCCAGAGCUCGAGCGCAUCAUCUUCGAAGUCGCCGUCCAGCUACAUCGACCCCUUGCGGCGACUCUGGCUCGUGUUGCCUCGCGGGUGAAGGACUGGGUCGAAGCCGAGUUGUACCGCGUCGCAGUCCUCCGCGAUGGCAGUUUGCAGGUGCCCUUCAUACAUCAAUUCCCCAUGAAAGCUGGAUUCGCAUUGCAAACUCGCCCACAUAGAUAUUCGGAUGCCCGCGCAAUACUCAUCUGGGACCCUCCUUCGAAUCAGGACGCCUUCAUGCAGCAUGCAACUCAAUUAGAGGAGGUCGCCCUAUGGCAUCCUGAGCCCAGAGAUGACGAUGCAGAGGACGUCUUGACUUCCUUCGUCUACCGUCUUGCAAACGUACGCAAACUAUCGGUCAUGACGCGAGUGGCGCUGGAACCUCUGCUACACACCGCCAACAACCUUCCGGUCUUCGAUACCCUGACCCAUUUGAGCGUGCUCGUGAAUAGCUGUGGCAAAUCCAUCUUACUCGGCCUUUCCUCCUGUCGCAACCUUACCCACCUCGCGUUCAGUUUCGACCCUGCUCUCUUUUCCGAGAACGACUUCGUCGACAUCUUCGAAGCUCACCGCUGCCUGCAAGUACUGGUCCUUGCAGACGGCGGAUUCACUCCAUCGGAUCCCACCUCGCCAGCCGUUGACCCAGACGUUGCUGCGCUGUUGUACCCCGGCCUACCCUCGCAUAUUCUGCAGCGCAUCGUCCGCAUCGCGCUCGCCGACUUCUUCAAUUUUGAUGCCUGGACUGACGACGUUGAGGGGUCCCAGGGGAUCUUCGGGCGCGCAGAUGCUAUUAUGCGACAGCGCCAGGAUCGCGAGGUGGCGGCAUCGCUGGCGACGAAGAACAGUGAUGCCUGA